AUGCUAGUCAACUCCAAUAGGGAUUAUGACCUUGAGCUUGAUGAGAUCCCGAGGGAUGAAAAUCCCUUGGCUAUCGUUAAUCUUGAGGAGGAUGCUAAGGAAGUGAUGCCUAAGGAGGUCAUUCUUCAGGAAGUGAUGUCUAACGAGGUCCUUCCCUUGGAAUCAAUCCCCAAGAAGGCUCCAAAGAGAGGUAUCAGAAGGACGCUGAGAAGGUCUUCGAGUGAUAUCCCCUCAUUGUCUGGGGCCAAUCCUUCAAAAAAAGGAAAAAAAAAAAGUCUGCUCGUGACCUUGAUGAGUUGA